AUGGGGGAAAAUACGGGCGGGGAACCGCCCGAUUUAAAUCAAUGUAUGAAUAAUAGUGAAAAGGGAAAGAAAGAUGAUUUUAAUAAUAUUAUUGAUCUAGAAAAUCGCUAUAGACCAGGCGAUAAAGGUCCUUAUUUCGUGUUUGUGGAACAUAAAGAAAAAAAUAUUGAUCCAGAGUCUCCUUGGUCUGCUGGUGCACAUUUCACGCGAGAGGAGCUAUCAAUACUAGAAGAUAUUAAUCUAAGUGAUCCUGAAUCAUUACUAGAAAUUUUACCAUAUCACUCUGAUACUUUUCCGGACGAUAACGUUCCUGAUUACUUACAGAUACUGGAAAAUCAUGACGUCCCUCACAAUGAAGCUAAUGAUCGUUUAAUAAAUUCCUCACUAUUGUCGGUAAUAAAGCAGACUUCAGUUAGUGCACAUACCCCACAAUACUCACAAUCACCAAAUAAAGACAUUGAAGGCACUACAACUGUUAAUGAACUGCUUAAUGAGGAACAAACUAGAUGCUCCAAAACACCUGAAAAUUGUGACACUACGCCAAUGCCAUCACCCUAUGAUUCAUUUUCAUCUUCACCUGUUAAUGUCGAUUUAUUGUAUAAUAAUAGUCCUGUGGCAUCUACUUCGGUAUCUAACCUUGAUAACAGAGACUCAGCAGUUAGCACUCCUACCUUAACACGUCGUAAGCGAUCAUCAAUGGUCAAAAGAGAUAAAGGCAGGUUAAGAGAGCGUUUUGAAAAACAAUGGAAGGAUGAACAACGAAAAUAUAAGGUUAACAGAGGUCUUGAAUAUGUUAGUCGCAAUGGGAAAGUACAUAGUAAAAAAACGCUGAAAUCACCUUGUGCUCAAACUUGUCGCAAAAAAUGCAGCCAAAAGAUUUUAGAAGAAGCUCGAGAAAAAAUUUUUACAAUGUUCUGGAAUAUUGGUAACCAUUCAAGACAGUGGGAUUUUUUAACCAAAUAUGCUAAAAGGGUACCAAAGAAGAGAUUGACUGUGGACCGAGAGAAUUCAAAAAGAAUUUAUACUAUCUACUAUUACCUACCAAGCGGUGAAGACGAAAGCACUGCAAUUGUUAAAAUACCAGUCUGCAAAACAAUGUUUUUGAGAACUCUUUCGAUAAGUUUUAAUUUUGUUUACACCGCAUUAGAAAAAAUAGAAAAAGGAGAAGGAUUUGUUGAAAUUGAUCAACGUGGAAGGCACAGCAGUCAUCCAAAAAUAAUUACAGAUGAUAUAAAACGCAGUUUAAUACCUAUGAGUCGUGGGCGAUUACUUGUUGCUAUGGCAACAAAUGCUGAGGACUGCGAGCAGGAAAUCUCUUCACCGUCAUUAUUGUCACUGGAGAGUAGAAAUAAUGAACCUGAUGUCCAAAUAGAAAACAGUGACGUUGCGAAAGUACGAUCACCUUCUAUACCUUCACCAUUUACGAGUGAUCAAGUACUUCAAGAAAUUGACGUAAACAGUUUCUUUAGUAAGGUUAGUAAUGUUAAACCUAUUAUAGAAUCCAACCACGGGCAAUAUUACAUUUCACCGAUCCACUCAGACCAGGGCGACUUUGAUUCCGAUGAUUCCGACCGAGAUCCGCAUUUCGUUCCUGGUGUGCAAAGUAAAACCUAUAGUUUGCUUCAAGGCCUAACAAUAACAUCAUUAAGUAGCUCUUCUUCAAGAAGCUCUUCAUCGAGUAGCUCUUCUACCAGUAGCUGUUCAUCAAGUAGCUCGGAUGAUAGAGUUGUUCAUAAUUUAAGUCCUUUUGCUGGAACUAGUGGGUUAACUAAUGAAUUAAAAUUUUCCUUGGAAGACCAAAACAAUAAUACUAAGGGCAAAAAGAGGAUACGUAAUAUUAAAACCUGGAAACACAGUGUAGCCAAACGACUUCGCAAUACUGGCAAAGCGUAUGAAUCAGUGAACAAAAAACAAGUGCCUGCAAGGAAAAUGGGUCCGACUUGUGGCAAAAAAUGCAGGUUAAACUGUCGUUCACGAAUAAACGAGACAUCAAGACAAGAUAUUUUUAAUAAGUAUUGGAAUUUGGGAGAUUUACAAAAACAAAGAGAAUUCAUUAUUAGACAUACUAUAGAAAUUAAACCAAAAUACAGAUAUUCUUCAACAAAAAAUGUUCGCAAACUAAAUACUGGAUUUAAUUUUACAUUAAACAACGAUCUCAUUAGAGUUUGCAAAACAAUGUUUAAAAAUACUCUUGCUAUAAACGAUCGACCCAUUGCUACAGCACUAUCCAAAAAAACAGAGUGUGGUUUAAUACAAGAUGAAUUACAUGCCACGUUAGUAAUUGACUAA